CUUCUCCCAAAACCUUCCCUUUUGAUCUUUGCUAGGGUUUCCAAAAAGAGAUUUUGAGGACAUAGAUCUCAUCUAUGGACGCGAGCAUUCCCUCCUUCUUCAAAAUUUACCUCCCCAACCUCGCAGCCAAUCGCCUGUUGAUUCCGCCAAAAUUUGUUCGACAUCUGCGGCAUGAAACGAAAGGGAUGGUGCAUUUAAAGGGGCCAACAGGGAAGACAUGGAAUGUUGAAUUGGUUGAGGAUGGCAAAGAGAUGGCAUUUGAAAAGGGAUGGAAGGAGUUUGUUGCUGAUCAUUCUAUUGUUUUGGGUGAUUUCUUGCUCUUCGGAUACGAAGGGAGCUCGUGUUUCACCGUGCUUGUGUAUGAAAAGACUGCUUGCCAGAGACAAUUUGUUUCUUCUCCUCAGGUUGAUGAUAUCUCUGUUGUCAUUGAGAAUGAAAAUACAAGGAAUAGAAGGAUAGAUGAUGAUCAUGGUGGUGAUAGAACCAAGUUGAAUCAGAUCAAAGCUUCUUCAAAUGACAAGCAAGAGAGUGAAGAGAUUGAUCGAGGUAUUUUUCGGGCGAAAACAGCUAGUAAAACCCCAAUGCUUCCUAGUAAAACCCCAGCGCUUCCUUUGAGGUUCAGUGCGAGAGAGAGGAAGAAGAGUGUAACAUGUCUAUGUUGUAAUUCUUAUACUGAUGAACUGGUUUCUGAAACCACAUCCAAGCAUCCCGGAGUUUCUUCAAAUGAUCAACCUAAGAUACCCGAUUCGGCAAUACCUGACAAGUUGAUCAAUGAAAUAAAAGAAGAAAACAAAACCCCUGAACCUCCUACAAAACGGACAAAAUCUCGAAGUGGUGCUAGACACAAGCUGCAACAAUCCCAAUCACUGAAUUAUAACAUUAAUGAUAUGCACAUUCCAAAAUGUGGGUAUGUAGAAUCGCACAGGCGACCUGUUACAAAAGAAGAAAUCGCCCGCCCUGUUCGGAUGGCAAAGUCAUUCAAGUCGAAAUAUCCUUUUGUAACAAUUGUUAUGCAGAAGGCCUACGUAUACAGAGGUUUCAUGUUGCACAUCCCAAAUGCUUUUGCGAGGAAGCAUCUUGUGAAGGUGCCAAUGGAAAUUACCCUUUGGGAUCCAAACGGAAUACGAUGGGAAGUUCUGUGUAAAUGCCAUAGCAAACGUACAAGUUUCACCGCUGGUUGGUACAGGUUUUCUCUUGUAAACAACCUUGAAAGGAAUGACGUCUGCAUCUUCGAGCUAAUUAAGAGCAACGAGAUGCGGGUGCAUAUUUUCAGGGUAGUUGAAGAAAUAACACCAUUGAUCAAAUGAAAGAAAUGACAUAAAGAUAGCUGAUCUCAAGAAAAUAAGAUUGGCUCUGAAUUGUAUCCGGAGAGGACGAAAAGCUAGAUUACUGAGGCGAUCUGUAAUUUAAAUACUCUCUUCAGUAGAUUAUUAUCUAGUUCAUGAUUGUCGAACUCUGAUUACCAUUCCCUUUCAUUUGAUCAUAAACAAUUUGUAAUAUUAAAGU